AUGGUAGGUGCGCACAGUGAGAGGUAAUGUAAAAUAAAUUAAUAAUAUUUAUUAGUUUUUAGAUCUAACCUUUUUUAAAAGGUUUCAGUGUUAACCUAGAAUUUGUGAAUGCCUUACUGAUUCCUGUUGAUUUGAGACAAUAUAAAAUCAAGUCACAUUACCUGUUUAAUCAUUCCACACAUAACUGUGCUCACACACUAUUAAUAAACUGAACAGCGCUAACAAGAAAUACGGUGUCUUCCCGAAAUUGUGGAUAGGAAACCACAUCCUCAAAACACCAACCCUUUCAGCCCCACCUUGCGUACUAACCAAAAGUGAAACCAAAGUACUAUAAAAACAGUUCAUCUUUUUCUAGAGGCCAUGUGGCACCAGAAGACUCAGAAGGAGAAUUAUUAAGGUUGGUUAUCCACUAAGUGCCUUGGUUACUCUGAAGAGCAUGGGGGACAACGGUUAUGACACUGGAAUUCAGAAAUACCCUGGACAGAGAUCGUACAUCAUGUAUCAUGGCACUACAAUGGCAAAGGCACUACAGAUCCAACGUCAAGGAUUCAUGCGCUCUGCAGAUGGCAUGCUGGGUCCAGGAGUCUACGUGAGUAGGAGUAAAGAGAAAGCUUCCCGAUACCCUUUAAAUGAAACCACCAAAAGGCUGCUCACUGGAGAACACUGCCCUUUGGCCAUUCUUAAACUCAGUGUUCGAGUAGGAAAAGUGAAGAGGAUUGAUUGUCAGGGUCAUCCCUUACAGAAAACUUGGCAUCAGCACGGUUAUGACACUGCUUGGGUCCCUGCAAACUGUGGAAUGGUGGACAGUGGACUAGAGGAGGACUGUGUUUAUGAUCCGAGUCGAAUCAAGGUUUUGGAGAUUAUACCAAACUGAAAAAAACUAUUUAGAAGCUUUGCCGUUGAAUUAUAAUU